AUUUAGUCGACGACAUUGAAACCUCGAUUCCGACACUUUGCAGCAACCCAAACGUUUUCCUCAAGUUGACCUUUCAAGUUCAAAAAAGGAACUCAGCAGCCAUGGAGAACGAAAAGGGAGAGAUUGUCGAUCUCUACGUCCCACGCAAGUGCAGCGCCACCAACCGCAUCAUCAAGGCCAAGGACCACGCCAGCGUCCAAAUCAGCGUCGGCAAGGUCGACGAGAACGGACGCUACACCGGAGAGAACCAGGUCUACGCCCUCUGCGGGUUCGUGCGAUCGAGAGCCGAGAGCGAUGACUCCUUGAACAGACUCGCCCAGCGGGACGGUUUCCUCAAGAGCGUCUGGAGUGCGCAACCCACGAGAUAAGCCAAGAGCCGGGGAGGUGGACGAUGGUGACAGGAUCGAAGGAGAUGUGAUUCAAAGGGGGGGUGGUUGUGACGUCUGUGUGAAAAAUGGAAUGGGAUGGACGGGGAUUGGGAAAAAGUGUCUUCCAAUGAUGCGACCAACCAUUAUCCAUGACACUGAAGCAGAAAUGCACGGAGUGAAAAGGGAGAAAACAUUCACGGUGUUGAACUGCUAAAUGCAAGGAUGGCACCGGGAUCAACAAAUUCGGGAGGUUUUCACAUGUUGGCGACGCAGGGGAACUUCGACGCUCAGCAGCUAUUUCAUGCUCACCAGAGCUAGGAUGGAUGAAACUCGACAGGUAGAUUUGCCGAGUAAUGCCCCCCAGUUCGGCCUUGAAAUGAAAAACAAACUACUACAACAUUACUUUCAAAAGUCACAACCUUGGUUCCUCGUUCUUCGCGCCGUGAAUCU